UCUAGUAUGGGAAUUUCAGAAAGGUAAGAAGUUUCACUCCUUGCUUGUAAUCUACGCUACACAUUGCUGUGCGCUUACCUAGCCGAAGCUAGUAUAUUUGAAUAUGGCGUAUUUGCGGAGUGUUACAGUCGUCUCAUUCUAGCUUUUAUGAAAGUAGGCCAACACAGUUAGUUCGUACACCCGUCUACUGAAAGUUUGUUUGCUUCAUUGUCACAAGAUCAUGAUGUUUACGCUCAUAGCAUCAAUACAAGGUUGCCAUAAGAUGGUGUAUUUUUCUGAGAUACGGAGGACUGUUAGAUUUAUUAUAAUAUUCAUUUUUAAGGAACUCACAGUAAUUAUUAGUUGCAGUCUUAUUUGUCCUGACUAUUUCUUACAUCUGUGUCCGCUCCUGCAAAGGUGCGUCGAAACAGCGGUUGGGAAACUUACAGGAUCUCAGUUUGUUGAUUGGAAUGCAAAGGUUGUGUGUAAAUGACGGUGCCAUCUUAUUUAGCACGAACUUAUUCUUGCUUUAUUCAAAUUCGUAAAGGGGAAUAAAUGUAUGAAGCAAACAUGUUAUUGUUAACUAUGUUCUGUUCCAUCUUUUGUGUUUAUUUAUCGAAGUUGAUGGUGAACUGAGUUAAUUAGACCGUUGGUAAAUUUAAAUUAAGUAAAUAUCGGAGUUAGAUAAAACUAAAAAAAAUGUUAUUAUCGAAGUAUUACAAAAGUCCACUUACUAAGGUUUAAAUGAAUCGCCGUAUAAAAGUUGUGCUAUGAAUCCACUGUUGUUUUUAUAAAGACUUCAUGGACUUCAUAGAACUUGUAAGUACAUCAAUUUUCUUUAACCAUUAUUUUUUCAUACUUAUUGAGCAUGUCUGAUACGCUGUUUCAUCAUUACAUAAUGUUUAAUGAAGUAAUAGAGCGACUCAGGUGCGAUGUAGUUUGCACUAUUUCUUUGACGUGGCUUUGAGAGGCUGUUUACCUAAUUUCUACUUAGGACAUGGGAUACUUCGAGCGAUAAGGGAGGAACAACACUUAAAAAGACGUGCUUACAAGUUACUUAUCAUGGAUAUAACAAGGACUGUGUGUUAUUUGUUUUCAAGCGGGAGAUUGUUUUUGUGAACCUAGCAGUAAUUCAUCCUCUUGGUGUUAUUUCUCUGGAUCGUUCUCGGCCAUCUUUUUCACGUGUUUAUUCUUGCACUCAACGUGAUGUUAUCAUCUGUCUACAUGAAAAUGGUAAUUUGAGCGUAUAUGCUCGUCGUGGGCUUGCCUUAGCGAUGGACUUUUAUGCUCAUUCAUCUAAUAUGUUUCAGAAAGCUCGCAAAGAAACCUACGACCUAGAUAACAGCAGUUGCUCUUAUGUUCUUGUAGCGACUGCUGCUUCGUCCAGACGUCCAAAACAAGCAUAUCCUGUCAAUUUCACCGUUGAUCGGUUAAAGGAGGUGACUAUUGCUGUAGCCUCUGUUGAUGGCCGUAUGCAGUUCUGGCAACUGCGAUCUAUUAAAAACUCAUUUGUGGCCAAUGAAGAACAAAAGCCAGUUUGGAGUCUAUCCGAUCUGAUACCACAUGAAUCAAUGGAAAAUAAGCCUCCGAUAAAGUUGUACCUUGAGUUAAAUUCACUGUACACUCCCAAUAGGUCAGAACCAACAUUAUGUCGAGUUUGUCCACCAAAUCUCAUUAAUACUGGCACGAUAGAUUCUAUUUGUGGUCCUCUUGUUGCUGUUGGGAACACUAAUGGUGAUAUUCAGAUUUGGGAUAUAUCAUCAACUUUAUUAUGGCGUGAAUAUCAUGUGCUACCAGUGGCCAUUAAAGGGAUUGAGUGGAUAACUAUACCUCUCACAAUUUACAGAGAUUGUCAAAAGAAUGACGAUUCCUUGACAUCACGAACAAAUGAAUAUUCAUUGGGCUUAAUUGUGUAUGGCUGGCAACCAAAAGAUGGUCAUCAAAGUUCUCUUACUGAAAAUACUUCGAAUAAAACUAAUGCUAUGGGGAAGAAUUUUGUGAUUACAGUUGAUUUAAUAACAGGAUACAUGCGUGUAUUUCGUGAUGCUUCUUGUGAAAAAAUGAACAAAUCAGGUUCUGGUAUAGAAACAGGCGGUUCUCUUGGUCAACUUUUAUCAGGACUUAAUGACCAGGAUCGUUCUUUAGAAGGACCUAUCGAUGUUAUUCGUGUUAGUUAUAUGAGACAAUAUGUUGGUAUAAUCGUUCGGAAAGGUCCUCUAGAAAUAUGGAAUUUAUUCAACUCUUCCUUGCUAACGAAGUUAUCACUAUUACCGGACGUAACAGCUGUUGCUUUAGACUGGUGUCAUUCCCCUCAUAAACAGAGAGGUCGAAGAGACUCACACAAAAGUCUAAAAUCAGGAGAUUAUAUGCAUAUGAAGGAGCUAUCUCGUAAUCGUGAAUCAUGCAUAAUGUGCACUUCUGACGGUAGUAUUCGUUUAAUUGCAGUGAAUAAAGAUUCAGUGGAUAGUACUUCAGUUUCUAAUACAAUCUUGAGUGGUCUACCGGCUGUCAGUUUAAAUCGAAUAAAUACCGUAGCUUGGUUUUCUGACUUGGUCGCUUUUGGUACUUCUGAUGGCUUUGUAGCUGUUCGAGAUUUACAUGGCAAGAGAACGCUGUUUAGAACAACUAUUCCAACUUCUCAGUCAAAUUACCUUGAUCAGGCUAUUGGAACUUUGAAUGAACAAUAUUUUGAUCCAGACAUAAUGCUGGAUAGUAAUAUUUGUAGUGUCCUACCUUCAAUUCGGCAUUUAUGUUUUACGCCAGGUUUUUCCAGCUUAACUCAUCUACUUAGUUUACAGUUUGAUUCUGUAUGCGUAUGGGAACCAAGACAAAUGCUGCUUCUAUGUAUGAUUGAGUUUACUGGAUCGGUUCAUCGUUCUUUGGUUAGUGCAGAUUGGGUUUCCACUGUUUCAAAGCCUUCUGAUAAAGCUUUAUGCAUACUUUUGAGUAGAGAUGGGGCUUUGCGACUUGUACAAGCUGGUCAAGCCACUUAUGAGAUGACAGUAGUUGGUCAUCAUAAUCACUUAGCGAAUUCAGGAGGUUCGAUUACUCGAGGAACCACAUUACACGAUCCAAUAUCCAAAUUUUACAUAAAAAGUGCAUUACCAGAUAGACCUGAAAUUCAAGAUCCAGUUUUAAUUCCAUCUCUACUUCCACCCAUCACUGCUUUAAAUAUCCGACACCUAUUACAAAAUCAACCGUGGUGUGAUAAGGUCCAAACAGCUCCCACAGUCAUGGAUACCGAUCUUCUAAUUGACAUAACUUCUGAUUGUGAACCGAAGUCUUCAAAUGCAGAGUUUCCCAAUCUUGAUUUAUUAAACCAGAAACAAGCGAGUUAUCAUUCCUCUAAAAUUACUGAUGUUUCAGCCAUAAACUUACAUUCUCCUAGGUGUUCUGUACUUGCUCCAGGCUUUGCUAAAAUUCAGAAUGCUGUAAAUAUUUUUUUAUAUGGAAUGAAGACAAGACGUGAGUUAGUUACCAGUUUCAUGAAUCCAUCAAGGACCACGAUUAUUGAACGUUGUUUAUGGACUGCUCAACUAUUCAGUGAUGUAUAUGAAGUAAAGUUUUGGCGAUUAGUUGCAAAUCGUUUACUGUGCAAAAAGUCGGUCAAUAAUUUUACUAAUUCAUCAAGUGAUAAAGAGUUAUGGUCUCGUUACUUUCUGGAUUUAUCGUGGGAUUUUUUAGCUGAUUGCAAACUCUAUCGUCAGAAUGUGGAAAAGUACACAUCACUUAUGGAAAAGUCACACUAUUCAUCAAUGGAAACUAUGGUCUGUGUUGACACACUUCUUAUGAUUGGUCAGCCAGAUCGAGCAGUUAAUCUGUUGCUGGAAACUCCAGUUGAUUCGAAUCUGUAUUCUUUGAAUAUGCACCGUGCUUGCUUACUUGCUGCGAAUGCCACCAGAAAGUCUUGUUUAUCAGGACCUAGUAUUGAUCAGUCAGUAGAGGAUACCUAUUUAAGUACAGUAAAAUUGGUCGCUACUAACUUACUGUCCAAUGGAAGAAUUAAUGAAGGAAUUGGUUUGUUAUGCCUUAUUGGUCUACAGAUCGAUGCAUGUCGCUACUUGGAAUCAUUUGAUCAGUGGGAUCGUGCUAUUUGGUUGGCCAAGUGUACACUAUCAAAUGAAGAGCAUGAUAAAGUAUUGAGACGUUGGGCAUCUUACUUGUCAUCCUCUCAGGUUCAUCGAAAAGACUUGGCUGUCCUUGUUUAUUUAUAUUUGGAAGAUCAUAAUGCUGUUUUAAAGUCGCUUUCCAACCUUAAUCAAUAUCAAUUAGCAGCCAGAUAUUUAGAGGCAUGCUAUGAAUUGGGAGUAUUAAAACCAACAAAAGAAACAGAGACAUUGUACUCGUCAAUAUUUAUGGAAUUCGGUUCAAUACUUACAAAACUUGGUCAUCAUGAAGCUGCAACGUAUUAUUGUAAUUUAGCUGGAAAAGUGGCUGAUGCACUGAAAGAGGAAAUUGACUUUCUUUCGUCUUAGAAAACAUUGUGAUAUUUGAAAUGAAUGACAGGUAAUUUUUAAAUUUGAAUGACAUUUAUGCAGUUUUCCUUUACAAAAACGGGACGUCAUGGCUGUGAUUUAUAAGUUAUUUGACCUUGAUACUUGUUUACUCUUUUUUGAUUUGCUAUUGUUAACCUUCUUUUUCCUUCUCUCUUUCUGCCCAACUCUUGUUACACUUUUGUACUUUCAGUAAUUUUUCAUAUUCCGAUUUCAUUUAAAAGUUUGUGUGCAUACCUGAUUUCCUUUGAUGUAUUUUCCAAGUUUCAAUAUUGAGGAAAAAACCUAACAUUUUUACUGUAUUUUUAAUAAUUUGAUUUAAUUUCUACUAAAUUUGUACUGAAUAAAUUACUUUCAGUUUAAACUGAUCUUGUUUUAAUUUGUUCGACUUUAGUCAAUCGUAGUUAUAACAGAAAUAUCUCUGUCAUACUUUUUCUAUGAACGUGUAAAAUUUUCUCAUAUUGUGCAAUUCCCAAAUAGUUGGUACAAAUAAAAAGGUAUAAUUAGGUAACAGCAUUAGAUUUAGAACAAUAGAUGUAAGCGAACAAUAUAGUUGCAGAAUUUUGUCCACAAAUUAUUCGAUAGGCCAAUUUUAUUCAGCUAACUGGAGAGAUAUAUUUCAUAAGGAUACAGAUAACUGAUCAAAAUGUCAAAUAGGAUGCGAUUCUAUGUAUAGUUUGAUUUUUGGAUAUGACACAUUGUAAUAUAAUAUUUUUUUGAUCAUACUUAAUUACUCAUAACACUAUAAGUGUAUUUACCGGACUUAGUCUUAGUUUUUGUUAUUUUACUUCUCAUUCUUCUGUAUAGAUAUGUUUGUAUUCAUAACUGUUAAAAUUAGAAAAACUGAUGAAACUCCUUUCUUUUGUUAUUAAAAUUUCUGGAUCUACAAUAUAAUUUUUUAAACUGAUACACUUGAUUCGAUAAGUGAGUACUGAAUUUGUGUUCAUUUCGCUUUUGAUAACUGAAUAUAUUUGAACGCAU